AGCCCCGGCCCGCCGGGCCCGCCGCAGCAGCACCAUGUCGAGCAGCGAGCGCACGGGAUCCACCAACGUGGUUUACCAAGCCCACCAUGUCAGCAGGAGUAAGAGAGGACAAGUUGUCGGCACCAGGGGAGGAUUCCGAGGCUGCACGGUUUGGCUCACAGGCCUUUCUGGAGCUGGCAAGACAACCAUUGGCUUUGCUCUGGAGGAGUACCUGGUGGCUCAUGGCAUCCCCUGCUACUCCCUGGACGGCGACAACGUCCGGCACGGCUUGAACAAGAACCUGGGCUUCUCGGCCCAGGACCGCGAGGAGAACAUCCGGCGCAUCGCCGAGGUGGCGCGGCUCUUCGCCGACGCGGGGCUCGUCUGCAUCACCAGCUUCAUCUCCCCCUUCACCAAGGAUCGUCUAAACGCACGGAAAAUUCACGAGGCAGCUGGGCUUCCUUUCUUUGAAAUCUUUGUAGAUGCUCCUCUAAAUAUUUGUGAAAGCAGAGAUGUGAAGGGCCUGUACAAAAAGGCAAGAGCUGGAGAGAUCAAAGGAUUCACGGGGAUUGACUCAGAGUACGAGAAACCCGAAGCUCCUGAGCUGGUGCUGAAAACAAACAUUGCAUCCGUGUCUGAGUGCAUCCAGCAGGUCGUGGAGCUCCUCCAGGCACAGAGCAUCGUGCCCCAGGGCUCAGUCAAGGAUGUUCUGGAGCUCUUUGUGCCCGAGGAUAAACUCAGCAGUGUCCGGGCUGAGGCGGAGAAGCUGCCAGCACUGGAGAUCACCAAGCUGGAUCUGCAGUGGGUGCAGGUGCUGAGCGAAGGCUGGGCCACUCCUCUGACAGGAUUCAUGCGGGAGGCAGAGUACCUGCAAGUGCUGCACUUUGGCACCCUGCUCAACGGAAAGAGGCGCUUGGGAGCUGACGGCGUGGUGAACCUGAGCGUGCCCAUCGUGCUGCCGCUGUCGGCGGAGGACAAGCAGCGGCUGGAGGGCAGCGCGGCGCUGGCGCUCAGCUUCCAGGGCCGCCGGCUGGCCGUGCUGCGCAGCCCCGAGUUCUUCCCGCACAGGAAGGAGGAGCGCUGCGCCCGCGUCUGGGGCACCACCUGCCCCCGCCACCCGCACAUCCAGAUGGUGAUGGAGAGUGGAGACUGGCUGGUGGGUGGAGACCUGCAGGUCCUGGAGAAGAUCAAAUGGAAUGAUGGGCUGGACCAGUACCGCCUGACCCCGCUGGCUCUCAAGCAGAAGUUCAGGGAAAUGAAUGCUGACGCCGUCUUCGCCUUCCAGCUGCGCAACCCGGUGCACAACGGGCACGCGCUGCUGAUGCAGGACACGCGGCGCCAGCUCCUGGAGAGGGGCUACAAGAACCCCGUGCUGCUGCUGCACCCCCUGGGGGGGUGGACCAAGGAUGACGAUGUCCCCCUGGAGUGGCGCAUGAAGCAGCACGCGGCCGUGCUGGAGGAGCAAGUCCUGGACCCCAAGUCCACCAUCGUGGCCAUCUUCCCCUCUCCCAUGCUCUACGCUGGCCCCACAGAGGUGCAGUGGCACUGCCGGGCCCGGAUGGUGGCGGGGGCCAACUUCUACAUCGUGGGGCGCGACCCGGCGGGCAUGCCGCACCCCGACACCAAGCAGGACCUGUACGAGCCCACGCACGGCGGCAAGGUGCUGGGCAUGGCCCCCGGGCUCACCUCCGUGGAGAUCAUCCCCUUCCGCGUGGCCGCCUACAACAAGCUCAAGAGAGCCAUGGAUUUCUACGAGCCCAAAAGGCACGAUGAUUUUGACUUCAUCUCAGGAACACGCAUGAGGAAGCUUGCUCGGGAAGGGGAAAACCCCCCAGAUGGCUUCAUGGCCCCCAAAGCCUGGAAAGUCCUCACCGCCUACUACCAGUCACUGGAAAAAAAGAAUUAACUCCUCCUCCUCCUCCUCAUCCUCCCUAGAAAUACCUGUAUUAAGAGUGAGCAAUGAUCGAUUGAUUCCCUGUGACACAGAUCACUUGGCAUGACCCUGGGAUUUUCCUGCCUGGGUCAGAGUGGUUUUUUACCAAUCAGAAAUACUUUCAGCCUGAUCCUUCUCCCCCUGAAGCUGCUGGGAGUGUCCCCAUGGAGCUGGAAGGGGUGGGGAGCGGGCCCUUGGUUCCCAGCUGGCACCAGGAUGUGCCACCCGGGAUCACCGCGGUGCUGCCAGGGCCACCCAGCAGCUGCCAGUGCAGAGGGGACCAGGAUAAAUCCUGCCUGUGCCCUGCCUGGAGCAGAAAUGAAGAAGUGCCUUUCCUCUGUGUGCCUUAGACAGUGUUUGCUAAUUAACAGCAGAAUCUUUUUAAUGCCCCUUUUAUAAAAAGGACUUUUUAAGAUCAGCUGUGACCACCUCCAGUUCCUUGUGGCUGAGCCAGCUCCUCACUGCUUCCUUCCUUCCUUCCUCCUGCUUGACCUCUUUGGUCAAACAAAUCCUGGGCUGAGUGUUCCUGUUGCUCCAAGUGAGGUUGUGCCGGGGUGAUCCCUGGCCCAGGGAUCCCACACUCACAGCCCAGCUGGGGAGCCUUUGCACCAUAAAGCCCUGGGAUCCCUGAGAGAGCUCUGCACAGCGAGGAAAAGUCAGGGAUGCUGGCGCUGUGCUUUCAGGUGUCCUCCCACGCUGCAGGGUGGGAUCCCCCUUCCCUGUGCCCACACUGCUCCCACCCCAAAGGCAAAUCCGAGGCAAAACAGCAAAGACACAGCACGAGGUGGGGCUGGAGAACCGGCUGAGAGGAGGCUGAAGCUCCUGCCCUCAUCCACACCUGUGAGCGUGCGGGUGACCCGAUUUAUUCCGGGACAGCCCGAGGAUGGCAGGAAAGCCCUUGGCCCCCCAGCCCUGUGGGAUGCUGCUGCUGCUGAGCCGAGAGCCGGUGCUGCUCCCAGCCCCGGCUGUGGAAAGUUACCGCGGACAUUAUCGCCUUCCCCACCCUCAGCCCGACGCGGACUUUGGCAGUGCCCUGCCUCCGAGGUGACAGAGCAGUGACAGGACAGCGACACGGCAGCCGAGCUUCCCUGGGCGCUGCCGGGAGCCCCGGGCCGCCCGCGGGGCUCAGGGACCGGGCUGGUCCCGGCUCGGCGCCCCGGCUGCGCGGUGGCCGCGGAGCGGAGCAGCGGCGCUCGGUCCCUGCCGCUCGCUCCGCGAUUGUUGCACCUGGCCUCGCUCAGCAGCUGCCCCGGGAGCCGGCGGGAUGUGCCCGAGGAACGGCAGUGAGCGUCCCUCCCUUCUGUGCUCCUGUCUGAGUUCCAGGUGGAUCCACGCUCAGCAAAACCAACCCGCUCGGUGCUGGCAGCUGCGACCUGCUCUGCUGUGGCCAGGCCACACUGUCCAAGCCUUCGUCUGUGACUGGAAAACUUUCUUGCAAAAGGUUUUUGGGUGGCUUUUUAAGUCUUUUUUUUUUAAGCAUUUGGAGGAAAUCUGUGUUUUACCCCAAGGCAAAAGCUGCAGCCUCUGUGGGAGCUGCCCGUGCAGCAGCCUCAUCCAGCCGGGCCCCGUGGCAGGCAGCCAAAAGUGAUAUUCCCAUUUAGGAUUGCUAAGGAGUGAAACAGCUCUGCUGCUGUUCAUCCUCAAAUCAUCCAGUGUUGAAACCUGUCCCCUCCCCAGUAAAUCCAGGUGGUCACAGCAAAACACAGGUGUUGUAUUGUCAUUUUAAACCAGCACGGUGUCCUGAUUACCUCUGAUUAAAACACGUGGACUGGGGGGUUAAUAGUCUAUUUAUUAAAGACAUGAGACUGGAAUUUGUACCUCAGCUGAUGCAUCUCAUGAUUUAAUAUAUUCUGAACUCGAUACUCUAUGAAACACUCACUUUCAGUACAAAUAAAUAUUUAUGUGUGUACGCA